AUGGCCGCGGAGGGCGCGGGGCCGCAGCCAGAACUGGGGCCGGGGCCGGGGGCCGAGCCGGGCGCGAUGUGCCCGGAGCACAGCCAGGCUCUUGGCUGGUUCUGCAGCUCGGAGCGGCGACCCGUGUGCGCCGCCUGCGCGGGCCCGGGCGGCCACUGCCGGGGACACCGCGUCCGCCGGGCCGACGAGCACGCGGAGGAGCUGCGGAACAAGAUUGUGGACCAGUGUGAAAGGCUGCAGUUACAGAGCGCAGGCAUCGCCAAGUACGUGGCUGAGGUCCUACUGGGCAAGAACCAACGAACAGUGAGUAUGGCCAGCGCUGCGAGGGAACUGGUUAUCCAGCGGUUGAGUGUGGUGAGGAGUCUUUGUGAGAGCGAGGAGCAGCGGCUGCUGGAACAGGUGCACGGCGAGGAGGAGCGGGCCCACCAGAGCAUCCUGACACAGCGGGUACACUGGGCCGAGGCACUGCAGAAGCUCAACACCAUCCGCACCAGCCUGGUGGACAUGCUUACUCAUCUGGAUGACUACCAGCUGAUUCAGAAAGAGCAGGAGAUUUUUGAGAGGACUGAAGAAGCAGAGGGCAUUUUGGAUCCCCAGGAAUCUGAGAAGUUAAACUUUAAUGAGAAGUGCACUUGGAGCCCACUACUGACCCAACUCUGGGCAACGGCAGUUCUCGGGACCCUCUCAGCAGGCACAGAGGAUGUACGAAUUGAUGAGAGGACCGUCAGCCCCUUCCUGCAAUUGUCAGAUGAUCGAAGGACCUUGACUUUCAAUGCCAAGAAGACCAAGGCCUGUGCAGAUGGCCCAGAGCGUUUUGACCAUUGGCCUAAUGCCCUGGCUUCCAUCUCUUUCCAGACCGGGCUGCAUGCCUGGAUGGUGAAUGUCCAGAACAGUUGUGCCUAUAAAGUGGGUGUGGCCUCAAGCCAGCUGCCCCGCAAAGGCUCUGGCAGUGACUGCCGCCUGGGCUACAACCCCUUCUCUUGGGUCUUCUCCCGCUAUGAUCAGGAGUUCUGUUUCUCACAUAAUGGGCAGCACCAGCCCCUGGGGCUGCUACGGAGCCCGGCCCAACUGGGUGUGCUUCUGGACUUGGAGGCGAGGGAGCUGCUCUUCUAUGACCCAGCCUCAGGCACCGUGCUCUACACCUGCCACACAGCCUUCCCCACACCGCUCUUCCCAGUCUUUGCUGUGGCCGACAAGACCAUUUCCAUUGUCCACUGACCUCUGGCCAACGAAAAGGCAACUGCAUCCUCCUACCACAUCAGGCCAUGUGUCCGCCCAGUGUCCUUUUCCCAAAUGAUGUGUAUGGUGUUUCUAACAGAGAGAGGACCCAUGCUUGCUGGGCAGAUGGAGGUGUCAAUGGGAAUCUGUUUCAGACACAGGCACAGUGCCAGCCAUUUUUGGGGAACCUGCUGCUUCCUGGCCCUUUGUCUCCCAAAUCCACCAUGAUUCUGCCCCUCCAGCAACCAGCAUGGGGCCUGGGACAUAGUGAGUGUGCAAUAAUGAUUAGGCAAGUGCAAAGAGAGGCAGACAGACAGACAGACAGGGGACUGGGCAGAUGGGGUAGUUUCUAGAGAAGCACUUCAUUCCUCUACCCUGAGCUUCCUGUGUGUGGAAAUGGUUAUGGCUGAGGCUUCUUUAUCCUCUCAGUUCAGUGCUUCUUAGUCUUUUUCAUGACAUUAAUAUAGGUAAAAUAUUUUUUCUAGCACACAGAGACAACCCAGAAGGGAUUUAGAACUAUCAGGCUGCUCCUGGCCAGAAGAUUCUGGCCUGACAACACUGCAUCUUCCUCUAGGUUCUGCCCUAGCACUCAGAAGAUGAGGGGGGACCCUAUCUCCAGGUAACCUGGCUGCAGCCCAGGAAUGGGCAUCUGUCCCAGAUGCUGAGGCUGAGGGCCAGCUGUGGCCACUUGAGACAGUGGAACUUCCUACUGCGGUUGUGCUCCCCACCAUGGCCUCCAGACCUAAGGUGGAGGCCUGCCAAGGACUACGAGGGCCAGCCUUAGGGAAUAUGGAACACAAACAUUAUUAAAAGGUUUAAGACUUACAGAUUUCUCGC